AACACAAACUAAGCUAAAUUCAAUUCAUCUCUCUCUCUGCUCUGCGCUCCCUCCUCUCUCUCUCAGCCCAAAGCUCCUCUCUUCUUCACCCCUUCUGCUCUCUCUCCCCCUAAAGAGAACGAUUUUCCGGUAAUCAGAGCUGCGGAGUCGGUUUACCGGCGAUACUUAGCGGCAGGAUCCAGGGAAACGCGGCGGUUCCGGUCACCGGAGAAGCCCAGUUCUCCGUCCACUGAUCUUGGCCCCUCGAGGCUUGCACUUGACCUCUGAGAUUCCUUCAACCCUCUUGGCGAUUGCUAAUCUUAUUGUUCUUUUCUGCUUUGUCUCUGUUUUUCUGCUACAUGUUGAGCUGUUCGUCGGUUGUUGUGAUUCGUUUGGCUGUUUCUUUCCGCCCGAGAGGAGGCUGUUUGGUGAAUUUCUGCUGGCCGAAUUUACGUUAGCGGUUGGAUCUUGAGAGAACAAAGUUCGAUGAGUCUGUAUUACGCGUGACUGUGCUGGAAGGCGGUUCAGUUGUCCUUCCGGUUGUAGGAUCGUUUGAUUGCUAGGGUUUCCUGGAUUUAAUCUCAGGUUUUAGGCCCAGAAAGAUGGAGAAACGAGUUGGUGGUUGUAUCUGUUGUUCGGAUCGAGAUAUGAGUUCCUAAUUGUUCUGGACGAGUCUCCGAUUUAUUAAUUCUUUAGUUAGAUUUUGAUUCCCUCGAAAUCUACUCCUUUCGGAAGCUUCAUUUGUUGUCUUAGAAUUCAAGUGUUCCCAGAAGCAAUCAGAAAGGGAUGACUUCCGCGGCUAUGGCUAUACAGGAUCAAAAUGGAGUCGCUCGAUCAAACACAGUUCUUCCAAUAAGCAAUCAAGUUCCAUUGGAUGUCAACUCAAAUUGUGUUGAGGGUACCCAAAUGAAGGACCAACCUCCUCCUGGGAAUGACUAUGCUCCAAAGGUUAGAAAACCUUACACAAUCACAAAGCAGAGAGAAAGAUGGACGGAAGAUGAGCACAAGAAGUUUAUUGAGGCCUUAAAGCUAUACGGUCGAGCUUGGAGGCGAAUAGAAGAGCAUGUGGGCACCAAAACUGCAGUUCAGAUUCGGAGUCACGCUCAAAAGUACUUUUCUAAGGUGGUUCGAGAUUCAAGUACCAAUGAUGCAAGCUCUGUAAAACCUAUUGAGAUUCCUCCUCCCCGUCCGAAAAGAAAACCUUUACACCCUUAUCCUCGUAAGCCAGUUGCUUCUCUUAAAGCUGGAACUUUGGUUGCAGAGGGACCAAGGAGGUCCCCAUCUCCAAUUUUGUCGGCUUCAGAACAGGAAAACAGAUCCCCAACCUCGGUAUUGUCUGGAAUUGGUUCAGAAAUACUGGGUACACCAGAUUCAACUACUCCAAGUGGUAGCCCUUCACAAGGUUCAUCUGCUGCUGAUAUAAGCCCUGGCGUGUCCAUACAUUCAGAUCCUAAUUCUUCCCCUGAUGUAACUGGUUCUCCAUUGCUAGUUCAAUUGUCUUCCCCUGAUGAGCAAGUUCCCAUGAAAUUGGAGUUAUUUCCAGAUGACAGUAACGUUGUUCAAGAAGGGCCAGCCGAGGCAGCAUCUACUCGGUGUCUGAAGCUCUUCGGCAAGACUGUUUUAGUUACAGAUUCUCACAGACCAUCAUCACCAACCAUGGGAACUUGCAAAUCAUCUCCUUCCAAUAUGAAUGAUGGACUUGCAUUGCAUUUGAAUUUGAUGCCCCAAGAAUUCUCAUCACAGGAUUCGGAGAGUAUUUGGCAUCCCCCAAAGUGUGUAGCUCCUGCUGCUUUCUAUUACAUGCAAUGUCCAAGGGAUUCGUCAGAGGAUGGUUCUGGUCAAGUGGGGCAGUGUGUUCUGUAUGGAGGGAUACAAUUUCCUCUCUUUCCUCUGUGUAGCCCGAUUGCAACAGAAGCACGCUCAUCAUCUGUGAGCGGGCUAACCCAAGAUAGAGAAGUUCAAAAGGAAGGAUCUUGGACCGGUUCAAAUACGGGAUCAGUAAAUGCCGGGGGAAAUGGUGAUAAAAAUUGGGAAAUGGAGUCCCAAAGUCGCCAAAAUCCUUUUGACAAGGAAGGGGAACAACCACCAAAGCUCAUGUACAAACCUAAUAAGGCUUAUUUCAAGGAGCAAAGAGCUAGCCCUGACAAAUAUUUGAAGGGGUUUUUACCAUAUAAGAGGUGCUUAUCUGAGAGAGACACCCGGUCCUCCAUAACCCGCGAGGAGAGGGAAGAGCAAAGAAUCUGCCUCUUCUUAUGACGGUACCUGUGCUACCCAUUAGCGCAGUUUAUUUUGGCAGUAAGAUUAUUUUGACAACUGAUUCCAGUUACAGUGAAAUGACCCGAAAAGAAGCAUCAGAGUAAUAGAGGAGGAGGAUAAUAUCACUGGAGGCAGGAAAUAUGCGGCUUUGCCAAGUCUCAGCUAGCCCCAAUGUUUCCCUUCAACUGUUUAAAACUGUUUAUAUUUGCAGUUGUAAGUUUGAUUCUUUUUGACGCUGUCCUGGAAUGUGGUAUUCCUUUCUGAAUCUCUCCCUUUCAAACUGUGAAUUAUAAAUUGUCACUUUGGUUAUUACCUAA